UCACUAGGGUCACCGGUUGCAUACCCUAACAUUCCUCCAUCCUUCUCUCCAGUCUCGCUCAUCACAACACAAUAUCUAAGGCAAAACCUAGCAACACACUUCGGCUAUUCAUAGUCCAUUUCUCCCUAAACCCUCCAUGGCCGCCUCCACCGCCUCAACCGCCGCCACCUCCUAUCGUGCCACCUCCUCCACCCGCCUCAACGCUCUCAUCCCGCCGUCCACCACCUCAUUCACCCUCCCUUCCAUAACCCCCCAAAAAUCCCUCCACGUCACCCUCUCCAAAAACCCUAUCUCAGAAAUCAUCUCCAGUUACAAAACCUCCUCAGAUUCGGAUUCGAGCAUCCCCUUCGACGGCGACGACAAGCCCCGCGAAGAAUGCGGCGUCGUCGGAAUAUACGGCGACCCCGAGGCCUCCCGCCUCUGCUACCUAGCUCUCCACGCGCUGCAGCACCGCGGCCAGGAGGGCGCCGGGAUCGUCUCCGUCCACGAUAACGUCCUCCACUCCGUGACUGGCGUCGGCCUCGUCUCCGAGGUCUUCAACGAGUCGAAGCUGGAUAAAUUGCCUGGAGACAUGGCCAUCGGCCACGUCAGGUACUCGACGGCCGGCGCCUCCAUGCUGAAGAACGUUCAGCCCUUCGUCGCCGGAUACAGAUUCGGCUCCGUCGGAGUCGCGCACAACGGGAAUUUGGUGAACUACCAGGCUCUUAGGGAAGAGCUCGAGGAAAACGGCUCGAUUUUCAACACGAGCUCCGAUACGGAGGUCGUUCUGCACCUGAUUGCGAUAUCGAAGGCGCGGCCGUUUUUUCUGAGGAUUGUUGAAGCUUGCGAGAAGCUGGAGGGGGCUUAUUCGAUGGUUUUCCUGACGGAGGACAAGCUGGUUGCGGUUCGCGACCCGUUCGGGUUCCGGCCGUUGGUGAUGGGGCGGAGGAGCAACGGCGCGGUGGUGUUCGCGUCGGAGACUUGCGCGUUGGAUCUGAUAGAGGCAACGUACGAGAGAGAGGUCUAUCCCGGCGAAGUCAUCGUGGUGGAUAAAGAAGGGGUUCAAUCGGUUUGUUUGAUGCCUCAUUUCGAGCCAAAAUCGUGCAUCUUCGAGCAUAUCUACUUCGCGUUGCCUAAUUCGGUUGUGUUCGGGCGAUCCGUGUACGAAUCGAGGCGUGCGUUUGGGGAAAUUUUAGCUACGGAGUCGCCGGUGGAUUGCGAUGUAGUGAUUGCGGUGCCGGACUCAGGUGUGGUGGCGGCGCUAGGGUACGCGGCGAAAGCAGGGGUGGCGUUUCAGCAGGGGCUGAUCAGGUCGCAUUACGUGGGGCGGACGUUCAUCGAGCCGUCGCAGAAGAUUAGGGACUUCGGCGUGAAGCUGAAGCUGUCUCCGGUGAGGGCGGUGCUGGAGGGGAAGCGGGUGGUGGUGGUGGAUGACUCGAUUGUAAGAGGAACGACGUCGUCCAAGAUAGUGAGGCUGAUCAAGGAAGCAGGGGCGAAGGAGGUUCAUAUGAGGAUUUCGAGCCCUCCGAUCAUAGCUUCGUGCUACUAUGGAGUGGAUACGCCUAGCCCCGAUGAGUUGAUCUCGAAUAGGAUGAGUGUGGAGGAGAUUAGGGACUUCAUUGGCUGCGAUUCGCUCGCGUUUCUGCCAAUUGAUAGCUUGAAGAGGCUGCUGGGGGGCGACGCCCCCAACUUCUGUUACGCAUGUUUUUCGGGCAAGUAUCCGGUGGAGCCGACGGGGAAGGUGAAGAGGGUCGGCGAUUUUCUUGAUGAUGGAUUGAGCGGGAGCAUGGAGUCCAUCGAUGGAGGUUGGCUCAGUGGAACCAGAAACAGGAAGAUGGAGGAGCUCAACUUCUCUGCCUAGUCUAAUCGCUUGUAUCUUUGCUUCUUUUGUUGGGAAUAUUGCCAAGAAUUUUGAAUCAUGUCGCAAUUCUAUCUUUUCAUCUACACUCAAAACAACAAGUACAAAAUUUUGGCGACGAA